AUAAGCAGGUUCUCAUAAUCGUAGUUGCAAAAGAUUACCAUCUCUAGAUUUUUGGAAUGAAAAAUCGUGAAGAGUAUUCAAUAAUGUAAACAUUAUUCUUGAUCGCGUUGCAAUGCUAUUAUGUAUGGAAAUCUCUAAGCUUUCCAUAUGAAAACUUGGUUCAAAUAUACUUCAAAUACACUGCAAAACCAAAGGAUAAUCAUGAAUAGUGCGUUACGGACGUAUAUGAAAAUAUGUAAUAGUAGAGGAUUUCACAAGUGCAAUAGUUUAUUAUAUUUUUAUGAACCAAAGAGAUAUGAUUUGCCGACAGUGUAUGACAAUCUCGAACAGAAAAAGGAGACCACACUUGACAAAUUACGAAAUGGAUGUCGCCAACUUGUACAGGAAACUUCGUUAUUAUUAAAAGAGAUACGAACAAAAUUGAGAAUACAUCCAACUGUAGUUAUAUCAAAUGAAGAAGAUAUCUUAUGGAAAUUUAACGAAGGUAAAAAGUCGCGAAAUGAGUGGAUCGUUACCUGCGAUAGCGAUUACGAACAGGGUUAUUCGACAGCUAAAUUAGAAAUAUCACCUCGUGGUACUGGAGUAUUCCAUGGUACAUUAACUACUCGAAUACCCAAAGAUGGCAAAAUAGUGAGAGCCGGUUACUGUAAUAUCACAACAGUAGUAAAAUUUAAAUCUUUUAAACGAGAAACUACUCUCGAUUGGGGAGCUUAUAAUUGUCUAGUUUUAAGGGUUAGAGGGGAUGGUAGAUGUUACAUGUUAAAUAUUUUACACAAGGGAUACGUUGAUCUAUUUUGGUACGAUACUUAUCAUUAUGUAUUGUAUACAAGAGGUGGGCCUUAUUGGCAGUAUGUUAAGAUACCAUUUUCAAAGUUCUUUUUCGGUGGAAAAGGAACAAUUCAAGAUCGCCAAUCACCUAUGCCAGAGAAUACAAUCACAAACUUUGGAAUUACUCUCGGUGAUAAAAAAGAAGGACCUUUUAGAUUGGAAAUUGAUUAUAUCGGCGUAUGUUACGAUCCAAACAUCUAUGAAACAUUUGCAUAUGAAAUGUAUGACAUGAAGAAGGAACUAUAAUAAUAUGAUACCUCCUUAUAUGCCAUAGAUAUUUAUAGGAAAUUUCUUUUACAAAGCUAGUAAUAAACUUAAAAAUAGUGUCACUGA